CAAUCGCAAACUUGUGUCAAGUUUUAAUUGCAAGUUUUAUAUAGCUUAGAGUUUGUGAAAAGGACAAAAUGCGGAACUUUUAUGCUUUUGCGUUGCUCGUGCUUGCAGUUACCGCCAGCUGCACUUCGGGUGCCAGCAUGGAUCGGUUAUAUGGUGAAGGUCAAAUAUAUUGCCGUGGCAAAGCCAACGGUAUUCGCACUAUGGUUCCCGGCAGCUGUUCCCAGUUUUACGAAUGCCAAAAUGGUGUGGCCAGUAAGUACUCUUGUCCCAAGUUCUAUGAUUUUAAAGCUAGGCGGUGUGUGACAUACAAUCCUGGCUGCACGGAAAGUGCUGAGAUUCAGCCGAACUUAGCUAGAGAUACAGCAGAGCCAUGCAAAAAGACGACAGCGGCUCCACCAUGCGUAACCACCACAACUCCAUGCACAACAACAACUACAACUACUCCAUGUGCUCCAACAACCACAACAACAACUACAACAACGACAACUACUAAAACAACUACGACGAGGACAACUACAACUACAACUACUCCAUGUGCUCCAACAACCACGACAACGACGACUACUACAACAACGACAACAACGACAACUACAACAACGACAACUACUACAACAACUACGACGACGACAACUACAACUACCACAACAACAACUACAACUACUUCUUGUGCUUCAACAACCACGACAACAACAACUACUACAUCAACUACAUCAACAACAACAACAACCACCCCUUGCGCUCCAACAACAACAACUACUACAACAACGACAACCACUACAACAACGACAACUACAACAACAACGACAACAACAACGACAACAACAACGACAACAACAACAACUACAACUACUCCAUGUGCUCCAACAACCACAACAACGACAACUACCACAACAACGACAACUACCACAACAACUACUACAACAACGACAACCACUACAACAACGACAACUACAACAACAACGACAACAACAACAACAACGACAACAACAACAACUACAACUACUCCAUGUGCUCCAACAACCACGACAACGACGACUACUACAACAACGACAACUACAACAACAACGACAACUACAACAACAACGACAACAACAACAACUACAACAACAACAACUACAACUACUCCAUGUGCUCCAACAACCACAACAACGACGACUACUACAACAACGACAACUACAACAACGACAACUACUACAACAACUACGACGACGACAACUACAACUACCUCAACAACAACUACAACUACUCCAUGUGCUCCAACAACCACAACAACGACGACUACUACAACAACGACAACUACAACAACAACGACAACAACAACAACUACAACUACAACUACUCCAUGUGCUCCAACAACCACAACAACGACAACUACCACAACAACAACCACAACAACGACAACCACCCCUUGCGCUCCAACAACAACAACUACUACAACAACGACAACCACUACAACAACGACAACUACAACAACAACGACAACAACAACAACUACAACUACUCCAUGUGCUCCAACAACCACAACAACGACAACUACCACAACAACUACUACAAUAACGACAACCACUACAACAACGACAACUACAACAACAACAACUACAACUACUCCAUGUGCUCCAACAGCCACGACAACGACGACUACUACAACAACGACAACUACAACAACGACAACUACUACAACAACUACGACGACGACAACUACAACUACCUCAACAACAACUACAACUACUCCAUGUGCUCCAACAACCACGACAACGACAACUACUACAACUACAACUACGACAACAACAACUUGUAAACCAACAACAACGACAACAACUACAACGACAACAACUACGACGACGACAACAACAACAACGACAACUUGCAAACCAACAACAACCACAACAACGACAACUACGACGACGACAACAACAACCUGUAAACCAACAACAACAACUACAACUACGACAACAACUACGACAACAACUACAACUACGACAACGACGACCACAACAACGACAACUACUACAACAACUACAACUACGACGACGACAACAACAACUUGCAAACCAACAACAACGACAACUACGACGACGACAACAACAACCUGUAAACCAACAAUAACAACUACAACUACGACAACAACUACAACUACAACUACGACAACGACGACCACAACACCUUCCAAACCAACAACAACGACAACAACAACUACAACUACUACAACUACAACUACAACUACAACUACGACGACAACAACAACAACUUGUAAACCAACAACAACAGCGACAACAACUACGACGACGACAACAACAACUUGCAAACCAACAACAACCACAACAACGACAACUACGACGACGACAACAACAACCUGUAAACCAACAAUAACAAGUACAACUACGACAACAACUACAACUACAACUACAACUACGACAACGACGACCACAACAACAUGCAAACCAACGACAACGACAUCAACAACUACUACAACUACAACUACAACCACAGCAACGACGACCACAACAACUUGCGAACCAACACCAACGACAACAACAACUACUACAACAACAACCACAACAACUACAACGACGACAACAACAACAACCUGUAAACCACCCACAACAACGACAUCAACUACAACCUGUAAACCACCCACAACAACGACAACAACUACAACCUAUAGCGGCGCUGCUGCCGCUCAGGCGAAUCGUAACACUAUCCGCCGACGACCCCGCCCCAACCGUAGACCACUCUGGGAAGCUCUACAACAGUUUCAAGGAACCGCUAAUACCGUGAAUCUCCAGCAAAAGGUUUCUUGCAUUGGCAAGCCUGACGGUUUCUUAAUGGCUUCACCCCAACGUUGCAAUGACUAUUAUAUUUGCCGACAUCAACGCGCCCUCAAGGUCAGCUGCGGUGAUAAAUACUUUAACGGUCUAAAGGGUAUUUGCGAUCUGCCCGAAAACACCAGCUGUGUUCAAUCAUAAAUGAACAAAAUAACUCCUCGCUCCUUGGACCGAUGAUGAUACUGAAAGAAAAAAAUUUGAAACGAAGACAUGAAACUCUACCAAGAAAAAGAUA